AUAGAGCAUCAUAUUCAUUAAACGGUGCGAGUAACUUAUGCCAUUCUACAACCUAUAAAUGAUAUGGGAUAUUAAAUUAAGUAACACUGACGUGCAUGUCACAAAAAUCACGAUACUUUCAAUUUGCGAAACGAAGAAUGAGACUGUAGUGAUUCUGAAUACCUCACAGAAUGUUCAAAGAAAAUGACAGCAAUUCAGGAGGCUGCAGCAGUGCAGCUCCCCGACCACGACGAACAUUGCCACGAUUUUCACUGCGCCGACUAUUAUACUCGAGUCCGCUUAUCGGCCGGCGAAUUGUUAGGACACCUAGUUCAAGCAACAGGAAUACUAAAACUAAAGACCAAACUGGCAGCAGAAUUGCGGAUGUCGAAAAAGGAGAAGCCAGAGUAAGUAAUGGUUCGAACCAUUUUCAAUUUCAGAACAUAGAUCUACAGCGUGCUACCAGCAAAGGCUCUGUACUUUCUUCCGCCGGAAAGAGUAAUGAAAAUGGUUUAAUGGAAUGUCCCUUAUGCUUGGCUGAAUUGCCAGUGGAAUUUUUUCCUGUGGUACAGUCUUGUCAUCAUCGUAGUUGUUAUGACUGCUUUCAACAAUAUCUUAAGGUUGAAAUUUCAGAAUCUAGAGUUAAUAUAGCUUGUCCUGAAUGUUCUGAACCAUUACAUCCAAAUGACAUUAGAAUGAUUUUAAAUGACCAAACACAGUUAGAAAAGUAUGAAGAUUUUAUGGUUCGAAGAGUUCUUGCCGUGGAACCUGACGCAAGAUGGUGUCCUGCACCAGAUUGUAGUUUUGCCGUUAUUGCUAGUGGUUGUGCUUCGUGUCCGAAGUUACGCUGUGAACGACCAGGGUGUGAUUCAUACUUUUGCUACCACUGUAAAGCACGAUGGCAUCCUAAUCAAACAUGUGAUGCUGCUAGAUCUCAGCGUACUCAAUACUAUGAACGUAGCUCGUCUCUCAGUUUCAGUCAGAGUGAUUCACAACACAGAGAUGACAUCAAACCCUGUCCAAGAUGUCAGGUUUUGAUUGUCAAAAUGGAUGAUGGAAGUUGUAAUCAUAUGAUUUGUGCUGUUUGCGGGGCAGAAUUUUGUUGGUUAUGCAUGAAAGAAAUUAGCGAUCUUCAUUAUUUAAGUCCUUCUGGUUGUACCUUUUGGGGCAAGAAACCUUGGUCUAGGAAAAAAAAAAUUCUGUGGCAACUAGGGACUUUAGUUGGAGCUCCUGUUGGAAUCGGACUUGCAGCUGGCAUAGCUAUACCCGCUAUGAUUAUAGGUAUACCAGUAUGGGUAGGGAAGGAAUUGUACACAAGAUACGAAAAGGCCAACAAGCAUAAAAGGAACGCCUUUAUCGUUGGUGGUGUAACUGCAUCGGUUCUGGUAUCGCCCAUACUAGCGGGAUUGGUUGUCGGCAUUGGAGUACCCAGUUUAUUAUUUUAUGUUUAUGGUGUUGUUCCCGUUUCACUUUGUCGAAGUGGAGGUUGUGGUGUUUCGACAAAUGGCACAGGUGGCCGAUUCGAUUUGGACGAUGAAAAUGAACUGAUGGGUUCAUUAGGGCCUCGUAACGGUGGAGAUGCAGCAUCGAUUGAUGUCGCCAGUCAUCGUGGUGGUAAUCCUUCAAUAGGAGAAGCUUCACUUUCGUUGGGUAGUGGAAGUCAAUUAGAAAAGUUAGGUCGCGAGAACGACCGUGAGAGCGCCAGUAAUGUAGCCCUCGCUGGUACCAGUCUUGCCGGAAGUAUAGCUUCUAGUGUUCUUCCGGGAGGUCAAAGGUUGGAAGUUCAAGCGGACGUGACGUCUACACAACGUUUUAGCUUAUGUAGUGAGACCGCUUCAGCCACAACCAGUUUGUCAGAGAAGUCUGUAAACGCGUCCAUUGCUUUGGACGAUGGUGCAGCUUCCACGAGAGCUUUAGCAGGCUCUGUUCUAAAUUUCAAGUUGGAUUGUGGUUCGUUAAGCGGUGGAAGAAGUAUGGAAGGUGAACAGGGGGCUGGUUCAGUUGCUGGUGGUCACAUGGAUACAGCUGGACAAGCCACAUCUUUAAGUUCGCUUGAAGAAGUAGCAUCUGGUUUAGCAAAACGUGCUCGACGCAAACCGACGUUAGAUCGUCAGUGUAGUGAUUCGAGUAAUUGGACUGUCUGUGGAGAAGACGGUGGCUCUGAACGCGUCAGGUUCGAUGAUCAUAUCAGUUUUAUCGAAGCUUAUCAGGAAGGAAUUGUCAGUUCGUGUGGAGUGGGCAACAGGAGUGCUGGAAGACGUAAACGCAAUAAGGAGACGGAACAGGAAACAGAUGCUCAAAAACCUGCGAAGAAUUCUAAUGGUGACGCAAAAGUCGACUCAUCAACGGAUAGCAAUGUAUCACGCGAACAAAUUGCUACUUUAAGAAAUGUUUUCUUCCAUAGUUCUACGGUAUCUAUGAAUCGCGAGAAGCGAUUAUCAGUGAUAGAGGAACCGUGCUCUGUGGUGGCACAGAAUAAACGUGCUUGUAUUUUCACAUCUUCCGACGACGGAUGCAACAGCAGUAAUGCAGAGGACAAUGUACACUCUUAAAAAGCAAGCAAAGACUGACUAAACCAAUAAUUAUAAGAAACAUUACGAAUAUAUUUUUGCGAAUUUGUAUUCUAUAAGUUUUUGGUUUUGAGUUUUAAAGAACUUAAAUAUGUGUACAUAAUUUUGUAAAAUUGUCUCUUAUAUAUAUGUUCGAAAAAAAAUAUAUAUAUAAACACGCAUAUAUAUAUACGUAUAUAUAUAUAUGUUUUUGUUUAUAAGUAAAAGCUUUGUUAUCUAUUUGAAUAAGCUAAUAUCAUGUAUCUAACGAAAGAUUUCUAUGAAAGACUUUUUCAUAGAAGUUUAUAUGUACACAAACAGAUAUGUAAAAUAUAAGCUGCUGUACCAUCUUUAUAUGUAUGCAUUGGUAGGUAUUUUAGCUAAGUAAGGCAUAUUUCGAAAAUAUGUCUAGAAGAACUAGCACGUGAUACAAAGUAUAACAAAGGCAAGCUUAAUAUAAAGUUUAUAAUAAUAUGCAUUUUUACCGAUGUUUUUACGUAUAUUAAUAAUGAUUUAAAUAUAUAAAUUAAAGUAGUACAUUUUGUUGAUGUAAAGUGAGGUACAAUUUUCCAUAUGUUAAUAGAAAUAAUAUAUGUGACCACAAAGAAUAAACUUAUACUUUUACAACGUUUAACAUUAAUUUCUCUAAGCUUCUUUUAUCAGUGUAUAUUUUGUAUGAAAA